AUGUCGAGUCCACGUCCCUCGAAACGACAGCGGAUUGGUCGUGCCUGUGACCAAUGCCGACGGCGCAAGUCGAAAUGCGACGGAACGCAGCCUGUCUGCGCCAUCUGUCGCGAGGCAGAUCGGACGUGUACCUAUCAAAAUAGCGGUCGACGACGAGGACUGCAGUCAGGAUAUGUGAGAAGCCUGGAGACUGUUCUUGGGAUUGUGCUUCAGAACAUUUCCGGAAGCGAAGCCACCCUACAGAGUGUUAUACGCGAUCACGACAACUUUCUCUCAAGUGAUAUGGCAGAGCGUUCAGUGAAAAUCUGGCGCAAAUCGAAACUAGCCAAGAAUGUUGACAAGUUGUUGAAUCCUGAUUCGGCUGAUCCGGUGGAUGCUCGAAUUGACGAUGCCCCGGAGUGGGAGUCGAUGGAGACUAGCGAUAUAGUAAUGGAAGCCUCGACUACUGGACUCAAUGAACUGCCCUUAAUGCCCCCAUCGAUAAAUGAGGUGAAAGAGCCAGAUAACUAUCUGGAUAAGAAAUUUCCAGAUAGCACAGCAGAAGUCCUGGAUUUCUACUUCACCCAUAUUCAUUCUUGGCUUCCAGUCGUUGAACGUCGUGAUAUGCUACGGGUGAUGCACACUGAUCCUCAUCAAUCCUCGCCUCGGGAUAAACAUUUUCGUCUGGUGUUAUGGGCGAUUGUGGCUUGUAUAUCAUCGAUGAAUGGCAUGGAUCGUGUCGACUAUCCAGAUCCAAUGCGGGUUCAACACUCGAUACAAAUACAAGUCAUCAACGACCAGGAUACGUUAGGAUUAAGCCAUGCCCAAGCCCUUCUUGUGCUGGCGUUGUUAAAUAUCGGAUGUGGGAAUUUAUACCUCGCGUGGAUGUUCAUUGGACAAGCUAUGAGAAUUCUGGUAGUCCUCCCGACGGCAGCAAGGACGCAUCGAUAUAAACAUACGUUUCAUGGUUGUGUCUUCGUAGACACCAUGAUAUCAGCUGUCCUACAAAGAACACCCUGUUUGUCGUUAGAUGAACAAAAGGAGCAUGGCUACGUUGAAGAGGAUGACGUUGAUGAAUGGGAUGUGUGGGCGAUUUCUCGAGAUCACAAUGGGCAACGAUCCAAAGGACCACUGCGAGCACUAAGCAUAUUUAACCGAAUAUACGAUCUCAUGCAUCGAUUGACGAGAAUUCUGCAAUUCCCAUCUGGUGCACCGUCGUUGCACGGUUUCUUGGUCGAUUUACGACAAUUCCAAGGGAUGGCUGGGGAGCGCUAUCCGCAUACAAGCCAUUGCGUGAAUCCUCCUCUAUUAACGUUGCAUCUGACAUUGCAGUUUGUCAUGUUGACAUUGGUUCGAAAGAUCACGAUGGAUUCAAAUCUCACAGAGCUGGUCAGGAAUGCCUUCAACUCUACUUUGGAUAUGCUCGACAACUACAUUGAGAUGACUGGAACCGUCAAAUCGUCUCCAUUGCUGAGUUGCUUUGCGUUGCAAGCGCAAAGGUGCCUACACUUUAUUCCAAAUGAUGAAAAAGAUGAAAUCGAAGACCGACUAUCCAAGCAUCUGAAACAAUUGGGGCUGGGCCAUUUUAGAAUUGAAAGACCAUUUGAUCUCCUCCAGCCAGGGCUAGACAUGAAUACAUUUGACCAGUCGGUAUCAACAGCUGCGAAUGGAGCGAUCGCCUACGGCCAUGCCUUCAAUCCUACUAUACCAAAUGUCAAUUUCGCAACUCCCGUGGACUCUGCGUCUGCUGGUCUCGAGUCGGAUGAUUUCGAUGCAUUGUUCGAAGAGAUGGUGACUUCAAUUCCAACAACUAGACAGGAACCCAUGUUUGCACACAAUCUUGGCUUCUAUGCUGGUGAUCUGGAUACAGACUUUCUGGCACAGCUUCAACAACCACCUGACUGA